AUGUUCCAAGUUGUUUUCUCUCGGUAUCUACUAGCAGACGAUGUUGCUGGUUUAUUGGACGAAACAGACCCUGAUGGUAAAACGAAUCAGGAGUCAAGUGACGAAAUCUAUUCGGGUAUUCCUUAUCUAUUUGGAGAUCGAGUUAUUGAUACUAUGAAAAAGAAAACAAAAAAAUAUGAUCUACUUUACGAAUCAGACGACAUCGAUUACAAUUUAGCUGAUUUAUUUGAUGAAAAGAAGGAGGAAGAUACUCCUCCGCAUCAUGAUCCAGCUGAAUUGAAUAUGAAUGAUUUGUUUUUCGCUAAUGAUACUAUUCCAUUUUCAGAUGUUGCCGGACGACUCGCAUACUAUCUAUCGAAUGAUAUCAAACAUCUGGAAGCAGAUCUAGGCCAAUGGAUUCCAUUGAGUUUCGACGCUAUCGUUGAAGAGCAUCGUGUGCGUGCAGAAGUCUUUUUAACGUGUUGCUAUCCCAUUCGAAUAAUGAAUGGCGAUAGACUUAAAAGUUACGUCGAUAGUUAUGGUCUAUUAGAAGAGCAAUCGAAAAUAAUUGCAGACUGCAUAAAAACAUUGUCAGGCAAAGAAGAAAUUAAUUGCAAGAAUGGCAUUCACAAGUUGAACAUAACUCGUCAGAAUACUAUCAACUUUACAAAUAACUUUGCCGAUAAAUCAAUUCUAACAUCAAUCGAUAGUUCAAUAAAACAACAAAUUUAUAUAGAUAAUAUUGUUUAUAAUUAUCAUCUAAGUACAAACGAUAGAUGUCCUCCGGCACUUCUUCUACUUUGGAAGCCCGACUUGCUAAUCCAAUGUGAAAUCUUCUAUCGGACACGUUUGACUGCAAAAUCAGCAAGUAUUAGUGAUUAUGAAAUUUUUAGUGAUGAUAUAAGUAAACCAUUUCGGCAGAUGGUUUCGAAUAUAUUUGUUAAUCUAAAGGUUACUUCCGACAAAAUAAAACAUAUACUUUUCCCGUUGAACAAGCCAGUGCCAAAAGACCAGAUUAAUCACGAUGUGACGUCAAUUAAAAACAAAAUAGAUCACUACAAAAUUCUAAAUGUUAAUCCGAUGAUUGCUCAUCAUGAAAAACGUGCACAUGCUUAUAAAAUGUGUUGUGAAAAAUUAGAAAACGACGAUCUCAUCAAUCAAUAUUUACUGAGUUACAAUAAUGAUUUCAUCAAGAUGGACAAACUCUUACGUAGUUGUAUCAACGGACAAAUAUUAACUGGCAUAACAAAUGACACUUUCUAUGGUGGAGAGUGCCAAAAAGCUUAUAACGAUCUUACAGAUGCUAUGAAUAAACGACAGGAUUAUAUCAAACAAUACAAAGAACAAGCUAAAGAUAUAAAAGAAAAAUAUAGACAAACGACUACUUCAAAAUUAAGUCAAGCAUGGCUUAUAAAAUCAAUGAAUUCUUUUGUAAAAAUAUAUUGUGAAGACCAGCAUGUAUUCGAAUUAAUGUUCAGCCCAGAAAAACUUGUUAAAUGUGAAGAAUUUAUACGAAAAUCUAUUGGAGAAAAUGGUUCUCAAAUAUAUUUAGACUAUGAUAAAUCUAUUAGCGUUCCAUUUCAAAACAUGGUCCUUUCAGAUUGGCAAGCUCUUGAAAAAGUUCAAGCCAGUAAUCCACCGAUAUCUAGUGAACGACUAAGUCACACUACCGUUUAUCAGACAAAAGUAAAAUUUGAUGAAAUUUAUAUCUUGCAACGUAUUUUGUUUUUAUUGAAGAAACUAAUGUUGGGCAAUAUAAAAUCUCGUAAGAAUAUUUCGCACAGACAUCCAUUACUAUCUUUAAAGAGAAAUACUGCAUCAACAACAUCAACCUAUCACAAUUGUAUCAUACUUAUUGUUACUAUUAUUAAACUAAGUUACUUUUAA